AUGAAUAAAUCUCAUGAGCGUCGGUUGAAUGUACGUGAUUCACAUCAAUUUUAUUGUCGUCGUGGAUCUGUUCAACUUUGGCAAUUUUUAUUAGCAUUAUUAGAAGAUAGUGUGAAUACUACAAUUAUAUCAUGGACUGGAAAAGAUUUAGAAUUUAAAUUAGUCGAACCGGAAGAAGUCGCACGUUUAUGGGGUGUACAAAAACAUCGUCCAUCAAUGAAUUAUGAUAAAUUGUCUCGCUCACUUCGCUACUAUUAUGAAAAAGGAAUAAUGCAAAAAGUAGCUGGUGAAAGAUAUGUCUAUCGAUUUGUUUGUGAUCCACAAGCACUAUAUCCAUUUGGACGUAGUGUUGGUAGUAAUUUACCCAACACAUCAAAAAUGAAUCUAAAUGAAGUAUCAAAGACCAUUGAUAAAGUUGAUUCAACAUUUUAUACACCCUACAAAAUGAAAUCAAAUUCAUCAAUAUCAUCACUACCACGAAAUAAUAUUCAUGAUGGACAGACGUUGUCUUCUACCAAUGUGGCUGCCGCUUAUGCAUCACUGUAUCCAGCAUUUUAUGCUAAUACAGCUGUUGGUUUUCAAAAUUCAUUUCAAUAUGGUGCUUCACCGUAUACAGACUAUGAUACAAAAUCACCAUCAACAUCAACAACAACAACCGUCGAAAAUUAUUGGCGAAUGUAUUCUGUUUCAAAUCAUCAAACACAUAACAGUCAACAACAUCAUCCAUUUUCAAUUGCUGAUGCGCCACAAACUGUUCCUCUACAUUCGGAUAUGACAAACAGUGGUCAAUGCUACUAUUCAUCUGGUUUCGAAUUUUAUGCAUAA